AAGACCUCCCCAAGGGUUUAUAGGCACAGGCCCUCAGAGGAGGCCUUGAGACUCCAGGUGAGGCCUGGGAGUGCACGUGCUGCACUGUUCUAGAAGCUGGGUCCCCCAGCCUCUGCUCACCCCCCCCGGCUUCCCACCCAGGCCCUGGGACCCAACCUGGAACACUCCUGUAGGUACAGCUUCUCUCUCAGAGGCGACCCACCUGUUUUCUUGUUGACAUAAACGAGUUCUUCUGAACCAGGCCCCAUGGCGUCCUGCCCCAACCUGCAGAAGGAGACAGUGUUCCAGGCAGGAGCACAUGCCUACAGAAUCCCCGCUCUGCUCUACCUGCCUCAGCAGAAGACCCUGCUGGCUUUUGCGGAAGAACGAACGAGCAAGAAGGAUGAGCACGCGAAGCUAAUUGUCCUGCGCAGGGGAAGCUACAACGCAUCAACCCACCAGGUCCAGUGGCAUGCUCAGGAGACGGUGGCCCAAGCCCAGCUGAAGGACCACAGGUCCAUGAACCCAAGCCCCCUGUACGAUGAGAAGACAGGGACCCUCUUCCUCUUCUUCAUUGCCAUCCCGGGGCAGAUCUCUGAGCACCACCAGCUCCAUUCCAGGGUCAACGUGACGCGGCUGUGCCAAGUCACCAGCACCGACCACGGGAGGUCCUGGAGUCCUGCCAGAGACCUCACGGACUCGGCCAUCGGCCCAGCCCACAAGGACUGGGCCACUUUUGCGGUGGGCCCAGGACACUGUCUGCAGCUGGACAACCAGCCCCGAAGCCUACUGGUGCCGGCCUACGCUUACCGGAACCUCCCCUUCCAGCGGGGGCCUUCCCCCUCUGCCUUCUGCUUCAUCAGCCAUGACCAGGGGCGCACGUGGCUGAGAGGGCACUUUGUGGCCCAGGAGAGCCUGGAGUGCCAGGUGGCUGAAGUUGGGGAUGUAAAGCAGAGGGUGGUGUAUCUGAAUGCCAGGAGCCCCCUCCGAGCCAGGGUCCAGGCCGAGAGCGCCAAUGAUGGGCUGGAUUUCAGGGAGACCCAGCAGGUGAAGAAGCUGGUGGAGCCCCCCCAUGGCUGCCAUGGGAGCAUCGUCAGCUUCCCCAGUCCCCGCGUGGGGUCAGGCUCCCCAGACCGGUGGCUGCUCUACACCCACCCCACUGACCCACGGCAGAGAUCCAACCUGGGUGUGUACCUCAACCAGUGGCCCCCCGCGCCCUUGGCCUGGUCAGAGCCCACCGUGCUGGCCACAGGCAGCUGCGCUUACUCUGAUCUUCAGAGCAUGGGUGCCGGCCCAGAUGGGUCACCCCAGUUUGGGUGUCUGUACGAAUCGGAUGAUUACGAGGAGAUUGUCUUCAUCAUGUUCACCCUGAAACAAGCCUUCCCAGCUGAAUGUUUCUGCAGUGAGCAGUCAGUCCACUGUGCACUGCUCUAAAAGGUCUCUCCCAACUGACACGCCGGUGAUUUCCUUCCUCUAGGGGCCUCUGACCUCGGAGGCUGCCUCUGAUUCUUUUCGGUGAAACUGUGUGUCUGCCUCUGGGCUCCUUUCCUCCUGCGUGGUCUCAGCCUUCCUGCAGGGUUCUAUUUUCAGCCUAGAAACUGAAGGAGCCCAGCUUCCCGGAGCCCCUUGGCUCAGCCUGCCUCCUCCCCCCAGCCCAGCUCUUCUGCAGAUCUUGACAAACUGUCUAGUCCAGCCCAUUCCUUCUUAGCAAAUGCUCAUCACGUUCCUGGGGAAAGGCUGGAACAAAGAUGUAAAUUAGCAGAGACGUGUGUAUAUACUUGUCUGUCUGUCUGUCUG